AUGGAUUCUGGUGGGAACAACAACAACAACAACAACAACAACAGUGUCAGCUACUGCUGCGUAUGGAAGGCAGGCCGAGCUCUGUACACUUACAACAAUUAUAAUAAUAAUAAUACCGGCCAACAUCACGACUUGGACAAGCUGGCAGCAUCGUGUCUCCAGAUGGCCCCACCUUAUCACCAAUGGUAUUUCCAAACAGUUGGCAGAUACACUUUUGGUUUUCUCAUGGACCGCGGUUUCGUGUAUUUUGCGAUUGUGCACCAGAGUCUCGGUAACUCCCACUUUAUUACAUUUCUUGAGAAGUUGAGAGACGAGUUUGCAAAAAGAAGCGUGACGACUCUCGACUCGCUCUGUCUGCAGCAGCAGUUCUUUCCGGUUGUGGCUCGGUUGGUUGCCUCUUUAGAACAGCAGCAACAGCAAAUCACCGAAUGGUCAAAUAAUAAUACCUGUAGCCAAGACAAAGCACUAGUGGAUGAUGAAACUGGUGGUUCAACAAAAGCGCCCUUGCUGGGAAAGCCUACAAAACAAGACAAUAAGAAGAAGAAGAAGAUGAUGAUGAAAACGAACAAGGAACACGAUGUGGUGAUUGCUAUUGAGAUGGGGGACGAGACCCAUAGGAGGAGGUCCUCUACUGACAAUGGAAUCAAAAUCAACCAACAGCCUUCUUCUCCAUUGGGAAAUGGUGGCACUAGUUCCACAACAAGAAUUAUUAAUAAUACUACUAAUAAUAAGGCGCAUACUCAAAAUCAGAUAAACAAGUGGUGGCGCCAAGUUCGGAUUGUUCUAGCCGUGGAUGCUGCUGUUUGUCUUCUUCUGUUCGUAAUUUGGUUAGUCAUAUGCCAUGGUAUUGAGUGCAUUCGUUAA